AUGGCCAGCGGCGCCGACAUCCGCAAGGGGCCCGUGGGACCUCUCAUCCAUCGCUGCUCAGCAUUAAGAUGCCAGGCCACCGGGCCACGAAUGCAGCGAUGCACCAGAUGCAACGUAGCUCGUUACUGCGGCCCUAGGCACAAGUACUUCUAUAGAUCCGGCCACUGGCGGAUCUGUAGGAAUAUCGUCAAUGCCCGUGUCAGGUUCAACGAAGAGCAUUAUCGCCUCCGCUGGGCCCAACUCCCCGCCAAUGCUUUCGAGACAAAUGCCGGCUACUUCUGGGAGGUCGAAAGCACAAGGCCCUACAUGUGUGCUCGCCUUACCCUGGUCAAGGAUGUCCUGCUCCCGCUGGGCACACUCGACAGCGUCCAGGAAGCCCACGACCAUCUCCGGGACAUGCUCAGGCUGUCCCGCAUGGAUACCAUGGGGGUACGAUAUGUCUUGCCCUUCAUCAUGCUGCGACUGGACAUAGACCAGGAGUGCUACGACUUUGUCAAGUGGUGGGCGACAAACGGCGCAGAUGCCGGCUGGGGAGACCUCACCUUGCCGCACCUUGAUAUCCGCGGCGCCGACGCUUCCGAGCAGCCAGAGUUUCUUCUUGGCGAAGAUACCCCUCUGAGCUUUGUUGUUGCCGUCUUGCUGCUGAAACUCAAGCUGCUGAUUGACGUCCUCAACACCAAAGUCACCCGCAAGGUCCUUUCCCGGCGCUCUCUUCCCAUCAAGCUUCGGGCCCAGAUCGAGCGAGCCGUCGUCCGGAGCCCGCUCUCCGCCAACCUGUGCAGCCGGUCCUACAAGACCCUCUCGGGGAUUGAACAGUGGCUUCUCCCCCAAGUCCGCAAGCUUGGCAUCAACAUCACCGAGAGGGACCCGCGCUUCAUGUCUGACCUCUUUGACCCGGAUGAAGCACUAGCCGCCACGGCCGCCACGCUCUCCGGGAAUCCACUUGGUUGCGCGAACGGAUCAGACGGCGUUAUCCUGCACUCGUAUCCCGCGUGGUGGUCGACCGAUGGAGUCCUGGGUCUGCUUGCCAGUGCGCGUGACCUCGCCGCGCGGUCUUCCAAGCCAGCGGCUGAGGACUUGUUGGCGUCACAAGGACACCGGGAGAAUCCAUUAUCUCAUCGCAUAGCCGAAGAACUGCAGGCGAAACAUGGCCUGAGCUACCUAUUUGAAUAUCUGGGCUACGUCGUGAGGGACGCUACGUAUCUAGGACCGUGGGCAGAGCGGCCAUCGGAGGUGACAUCAAGGUUGAUGGCAGAGGCCUAA